AUGUACAUCCUACAUAAUGCAUUUGUCAUGCUUCUAACCCUUUUGGUUCCCUUCUUACUUUCCUCUUUCGUUUCUGGUUAUUCCUUGAAUGACGUUAAGCUUUGGUGCAGCCAAACCCCUAACCCUCAACCAUGUGAGUAUUUCUUAAGCAAUAACCCCACUCACCAACACAAACCAAUCAAACACAAAUCAGAUUUUCUCAAACUAUCAUUGCAACUUGCUCAAGAACGAGCCCUCAAAGGCCAUGCAAACACUCUUUCACUUGGCUCAAAGUGCCGUAACAAACUUGAAACAGCUGCUUGGGCUGAUUGUGUUGAGCUUUAUGAGCAAACCAUCCAAAGGCUCAACAAAACCUUAGACCCAAACACCAAAUGCUCCCAAGUUGAUGCUCAAACAUGGCUCAGCACAGCUCUCACUAACCUUGAGACAUGCAAAGGUGGCUUCUACGAGCUUGGGGUCCAAGACUAUGUGCUGCCUCUCAUGUCCAACAAUGUUACUAAGUUGCUAAGCAACACAUUGGCUCUUAACAAGGUUCAAUAUGAAGAACCAAAUUACAAAGAAGGGUUCCCAACAUGGGUCAAGCCAGGUGAUAGAAAGCUCUUGCAGACAUCUUCUCCAGCUUCUCAAGCUAACGUAGUGGUGGCACAAGAUGGUUCUGGAAAGUUCACAACGGUGAACGCAGCCAUAAAUGCUGCACCACAAAGUAGUAGCGGAAGGUAUGUGAUACACGUGAAGGCAGGAAUAUACAAUGAACAAGUUGAGAUAAAGGCAAAGAAUAUAAUGUUGGUAGGAGAUGGUAUUGGUAAGACCAUAAUCACAGGUAGCAAAAGUGUUGGAGGUGGCACUACAACCUUUCGUUCAGCCACUGUUGCUGUUGUAGGGGAUGGAUUUAUUGCUCAAGAUAUCACAUUUAGGAACACCGGAGGUGCAAAAAACCAUCAAGCUGUUGCAUUGCGUUCUGGAUCAGAUUUGUCAGUGUUUUACAAAUGUAGUUUUGAAGGAUACCAAGACACAUUAUAUGUCCACUCUGAAAGACAAUUCUAUAGGGAAUGUGAUAUCUAUGGCACUGUUGACUUCAUCUUUGGUAAUGCUGCUGUUGUGUUCCAAAAUUGCAACAUAUUUGCAAGAAACCCUCCCAACAAAGUUAACACAAUCACUGCCCAAGGCAGAACCGAUCCAAACCAAAACACUGGCAUUUCCAUUCACAAUUGUAGGGUUACCGCUGCCUCGGAUUUGAAACCAACCCAAAACUCUGUUAAGACUUAUCUUGGAAGACCUUGGAAGCAAUAUUCUCGAACAGUUGUUAUGAAAACUUCUCUUGAUAGUUUGAUUCAUCCAUCGGGUUGGUUAGAAUGGAGUGGUAAUUUUGCCUUAAGUACUCUGUAUUAUGGAGAGUACAUGAACACGGGUCCUGGUUCUUCCACUGCAAGUCGAGUUAAAUGGUCAGGUUACCAUGUAAUAACUAGACCUUCUGAAGCCUCAAAAUUCACUGUUGCAAAUUUCAUUGCUGGAAACUCAUGGUUACCUGCCACCAAAGUGCCAUUUACGCUUACUCUAUAA